AUGACUAGCCAAACUUCUAGAGGGGGGAAUGUGAGUUCUGUUCCACGCAACAAUUGCUACAACUGUGGGAAGCCAGGUCAUACGGCACUUGAGUGUCGAAUGCCAAGAGUAAUAACAUGUUUCAGUUGUCAAGAGAAUGCACACAAAGCUAAUGAAUGCCCCAAGAACAAGAAAGGAACAACAGAAGUUGGAGGGAGCACUAGCGAACCUAGGGCGACAGGAAGAGUGUUUGCCUUGAGUGGUGCUAAAGCUACUCAAUUCGAAGACUUAAUCCAGGUAGAGACACCAACUGGUGGUUCAGUUUCUACUUCUUAUGUCUGUUUAAAGUGUCCUUUGAGUAUUGAUGGUAUAAAUUUCAUGGUUGACUUAAUUUGUUUGCCUCUAAGUCAGCUAGAUGUUAUUCUGGGUAUGGACUGGUUAUCUUCCAAUCAUGUCCUUUUGAAUUGUGCUGAUAAAUCUAUUGUUUUUGGCAAGCCUAUUGAAAAGGUGAGUAAGGACUAUUUGACUGCCAACCAAGUUAAGGUAUCUUUGCAAGAGGAUGCCCAAGUGUACAUGUUGUUAGCUUCUUUAAAUUCUGAGAGUAAUGUUUUGGUGAAUGAAUUUCCUGUUGUGCGUGACUUUUCAGAUGUCUUCUCUGAUGAUAUGUCUAGCUUACCACCUACAAGAGAAGUACAGUUUUCCAUAGACUUAGUACCAGGAACAAGAUCUAUUUCUAUUGCACCUUAUAGGAUGUCACCCGUAGAGUUAGUGGAGCAUAAGAAACAAAUAGAAGACUUGUUGGAGAAGGGGUUUGUGAGGUUAAGGAGAACCUGA